CAGCCGCCGGGCCCCGGGGACCGAGCCUCCACGCCGCCCGGGCCCUGGAGCAGGGAGGGCCGCGCCGCCCGCCGCCUCCUUCCGCCGGCCAUGCACUCUUCCGGCUCCCGCAGCGCGGGCCCGGCCCCGGCCUGGCCGAGGCAGCCGCGAGGGGACUAGGGCGCCCGCGCGCCCGCUCGCGCCUCGGGCCGCCUGGGCCGCCGCAGCCGCGUCCAUGACCGCGACCCCCGGGCCGGGGACUCCUGCUGCCGCCGCUACCGCCCGCCCUCGGCCCUGCCGCAGCUCGCAGCCCGCGCCCAUUGAGAAAGACGGGGCCGCUGCCAGUGUGAGAAUGGCUGUGACCGUGGAUGAAGCUCCAUGGCUGGGCUGGAUGGUAGCGAAAGCCCUGAUGAGAUUUGCCUUCAUGGUCGCCAACAACCUGGUUGCUAUCCCGUCCUACAUCUGCUACGUGAUUAUACUGCAGCCCCUCCGAGUGCUGGACAGUAAGCGCUUCUGGUACAUUGAAGGACUCAUGUACAAAUGGCUGUUAGGCAUGGUGGCUUCCUGGGGAUGGUAUGCUGGAUACACAGUGAUGGAAUGGGGGGAGGAUAUUAAAGCAAUCUCUAAUGACGAAGCAGUGAUGCUGGUGAACCACCAGGCAACAGGAGAUGUGUGCACACUGAUGAUGUGCCUACAGGACAAAGGGCCGGUUGUUGCUCAGAUGAUGUGGCUGAUGGAUCAUAUUUUCAAGUACACAAAUUUUGGAAUUGUUUCCCUGAUUCAUGGAGACUUCUUUAUAAGACAGGGAAGAUCCUAUCGUGACCAACAGCUGCUGGUUCUCAAGAAGCACCUAGAACGGAAUUAUAGGAGCAGAGAUCGAAAGUGGAUUGUUUUAUUUCCUGAAGGGGGCUUUCUCAGGAAGAGGAGAGAAACAAGCCAGGCAUUUGCCAAGAAAAAUAACUUGCCAUUUCUUACACAUGUCACUUUGCCAAGGUUUGGGGCAACAAACAUUAUUCUGAAUGCCCUUGUAGCACAGCAGGAAAAUGGAAGCCCAGCAGGAGGAGAUGCUAGAGGGUUAGAAUGCAAACCAAGGGGCCUGCAGUGGAUAAUAGAUACAACCAUAGCUUAUCCCAAUGCUGAGCCAAUAGAUAUUCAGACCUGGAUCCUUGGGUACAGGAAACCAACAGUCACUCAUGUUCAUUACAGGAUUUUUCCAAUUAAAGAUGUGCCCCUGGAGUCUGAUGACCUCGCCAGUUGGCUCUAUCAGCGGUUUAUUGAAAAGGAGGACCUCUUGUCACAUUUCUAUAAAACAGGAGCCUUUCCUCCUGCCCAGGGCCAGAAGGAAGCUGUUUCCAGGGAGAUGACCCUCAGCAACAUGUGGAUAUUCCUCAUUCAGUCCUUCGCAUUUUUGUCAGGCUAUCUGUGGUACCACAUCAUCCAGUAUUGUUACCAUUGCCUAUUUUAGGAACUGACUUAGACUUGCCACAUAGGAGUUCAGACUUCAUACAUGUGCAUUAUUUUACAUGUGCAAAUCUAAAAAUACAAAUCAAAAUAUAUAAAAAGCAAAGGAAAUUCAAAUGGAUGGAUUACUGUUUAUCCCCCUUUGGGAUAUUUUACAACUCUACUACAGAGGAUCAGUAAUACAAUGAUGUGCUAAUAUAUUUUAAGAACUGUUCGUGUUUUAAAGAGAUACAUUCUACCAUAUGUUUAUGCAAGCAUCACACUGGGAGAAGAGGAAAUCAUAAAAUCAUCUGAGAAGACUCCGAAAGAAACUGUCACCACCACAUGCCCUUGGUCACACCCCGUCCAGAAGCUGUGUUCCUUUUUACUAGGGCAGAGUGUCACAACAUUGAUGUGCCCACCCACCAUGCUGAGGUACUAGUCACCUUGGAGAGCUGGCACACGGUCCUGAGGAGUGGUCUCCUUGCCUAGCAAGCUGCAGUCCUCAACCCUGGCUGAGGCGUGGCAUUUGUGUUGUGUGAGGAGCAGUGUCCACUGUCCACCUGGCAGGCAGCACUGUAUCCCUGGAAAGGCUAGCUCAGCCCAGCACCAUGUGUUACAUGUGCUAAUGCUUUCCCUUCUGUCAAGAGAGGGGAGUACCCACUUCCUCUUGUUUAGAAGGCACUUCAUAGGAUGAUAAUUGUAUUUUAUAAAAUGCACUUUUAUCAGAUGCAAAUAUAGCAAAGGAUAGCAACAUAGCCUGAAUCAAAGGGAAGCCUCACCCGUGAGCAGGCUCCCAGGAGGCUCCCUGCCUGAGUGCUUGCCCAUGAUGUGCUCCAGCACCAGCUUCAUUGGUCACCUUCCCCAAUUCUGACAUAGUAGCACCAAAUGUAUUUGGGGGUAGUUAAAGCAAAUUAAUGUAAAACAUGUAAAUGACCAGUUUAAGGGAAAUAGACUAGCUUACUAGGAAAUAAAAGGUAGAAUCAGACAUUGGCUUGCAGUAUUAGCAAGGCCUCCUGUGGCCCCCAGAAUCUGUUCAGACAUCAAUUUGUUCUGUCAUUAUAUCAAGUAGCUGCCCUUCUUGAUGGGGUGACAGGACCAGGAGACAGCAGCUCAAUACACUUGCCAGUCUCUUCCAGUUGUUUUUGAAGAGGACAAAGUCAAGCAAGUUUUGUUCAAUUCUAGAAAACUUUUUAAAAAAUUGUCUUUGUAUUCAUGUAAUUACCUCACAGGAGAACCAAACUUUGCAAGAGGUGCAGGCAGUGCAUCAGUAUUGAUUGAGACAGAGGGUGGUUUGGAUUGGGACAGUAAAAUUCUAAGCUUGAAUGUGUCAGCAGUAGUUUUCUGUAGCAUGAACACUGUAGAUUUCCCUGUUGUUACUUACAACACAAAUAACAGUUCUGAGAAAUAGGCUGUAAAACAAAAUUAAAGACUAAUGUUUUCUGUUUUGAAAUAAACCAAAAAAAGGAAAAGAUGCAGGUUUUCCCCAGUUGUACGGGAAAGGUUGACCAACGCCAAAUAAAAGCCCAUAGCAGCUUCAUCUUCAGCAAACCCAGAGCAUGUAUGGAAGAGAAUGGCAUGUUACCUGACAUACCUCACUGGUACAGAAGACAUUGGGUUUGAUAGCAGUUAUGAAACACAGCUGUCAUGGAAUCUAAGCAUUUUACUCUGGUUUGCAGGGACAGUAAAUAGGUGAAGAAAGCAGUCUCAAUCUAGAAAUGAUGGGCAUCCAGAAAGAGGCCAUUCAGUGCCUCUGCUUGAGGCUCAGGAAAGGCUAUUCCAGUGCAAGAUGAAUUGACUUGAGACAUUAGUUGGCCUUCUGGGUGAGAAGUUGUUCACUGUCCAGUAUAGCAUGCAGUCCUAGCUAGCAGCCAUUUCCUCAUUGCAAAGCAAUCCAGUUCCCACAUGGGUCUUUAUAUCCAUACAUGUAGACAGAAGUGUGGCUCUGGCCCACUUGGACCACUGUUGUGCUCCAAAGGACCAUGACUGUUGAGUAUGCUGUACAUGUCAAACCUACUCCCCUAAGAUGUAUUACUUUCAAAUGCAGUUUCCACAGUCUCUAGAGUGACAAAUGACUAUAGAUUUGUGAGCUUUCUUUUGAUAAUAGAAAUGAGUUGUAAAUAGACAUGUAUUUGAUCUGUCCUACACUCUUCAGUUCUUUCAACAUGUCUUUUGUGUGCAAACUAUGUUUGAGAGUAUUGAUAGUGCUUCCUUAUCAGUAACUGGAGUCCACCUGCUUGUACUAGGAGUGUGAAGAGAGAGUAGGUGUUCUUUAUGGCAAUCUGGGGAAGCCACAAUAUGCCACUGUAGAGAAGUGAAUAAAAUUCCCCAUUUGUACUUAGUAUGUAAAGUGGGAUGAAAGGGAGCUAAUGUGUUAAGUGAGGAAAAAUGCACCAGCAUUCUUUAGAGUUGCAGCUUUUUGGCCUCAGCUGGACUGCCUAGCUCCCUGCAGACAGGCUGAGCAACUCACUGCUGUAGUCCUUGGACCACAGGUCAGACCAAGCAGCAGUUCACCCCACCCAGCUUCAGCAACAUACACAUGACAGAGAAGCCUGUACACAGUGGGAGCAAAGAAAAGCCAGAAUGGAUAAACAAGUUAGACGAGAGCUUAAUAAAGUAUGAAAACGAUAGCUGUAGAUUCAGAUCUAUUGUGUAUUAGUUGUUGCGAUUACAAUUCUUAAAUUCCUAUUGCAAGAAACUAGGGAUUGCUGAAUAGGUGGUCAAUUACAGGGUAGUUAAUCCAGUAUUAAGUCAUAGGAAACCAAAAAUUAAAUGUUGUGUAGGAAUUUUAGACAACCAACAGGAAGAGGAUACACCAAAACCAGCAUAUGGGCUCAUAUCCCUGAGUAAGAGAGUUGGUGCAGUGGGAAUUGUUCCAGCCAUGAAAUCUUCAUUCACCAGAGUGGCCGUAAUACCGCUUCAUUCCUGGCCAUGGGCUUGACUCCCUUCUCAUUAACUUGUCUUAGUGACAUGUUUUGACAAUUGGCAGACUAUAAAGGCUUCAUCAACUUGGUCCUGGGUAUAGUCACAGAAAGUAGUCUUUGAUUGUGGGUAGUCUUCUGCAUCCCGUUUACGUUUUGUUUGCACUGCUGAACAGGAGGAGUUAGCUGAUGUUUUUGUGAUUUUUCCAUCCUUUUCUAUGAAGUCCCUGCACAAUAGUGAAUGCAGGAUUUCACUCCAGAGUUAUCAUUACAAAAAGUAUAUACAAAAAGUGUGGAGGAUAAUGGCAUCUUCUAUGAGAUUUUUGCGAGUACUGUGAGCCUUCUAUCUGCAGACGGGGGUAUCAAAGGCAUUCUGGGUCACAGGUGUGCUAACUCAUGUCAUGAUGGGUAGAGACUAAUGUGUUUGGGACCAAAACCACCUAAGCUGGAAAUUUCUGGAUCACAAAGGAGCCUGGCAUACUCUGAAGCAGUCACUGGCUGGUACUAUCUGGCAUCCAGUUUGCAACGGCCCCUCAGUAAUUACAAAGUGGGCUCUGAGUUGGUGAGGACAAUGGCCAUAGUCAGGUAAAAGAUACAAUCUGGGGCUUUCUGCAGAAAUUCCAUCUGAGGAUUUUUACAUUUAGUAUUGUAAAUCUAAAGAGCAAAAAGAAAAAAGAAAAAAAAAGUAUAUAUAUUAUAGUUGCAGUGUAUACAAACGCUUUGGUGACUUUAUUAUGUAAACUGUUGAACACGACUGCAGUGCACAGACUCUUUACAUGUAAAGAGUCUGUGCACUUUACAGCAACCCUUGUGAUUCGGUAAUGAGACAGUUAUACAUCCAACUGCCAUUAUUUUUAUUAAGUGCUUUCUCUUUCUUUACAAUUAUUACAAAGUUGUAUUUAUUUUCUACAGAUGGAUUUUUGUUUUCAUGAUGCUGUAAUGUUUACUUCAGCUUGUUGAGCUUUCUUUGUGAUCUGCAUGUUACAGUGUGUUUUAAGAAUGACUGUAAAGGCUGUGGUGACUGUCACUCACUUUUAUAAAGGGCUGGUCACAUGUGGAUCUGGUUUCUGAGUGCAUUGGAUGAUUUUACCAGAUCACCUUUUCAGAAAUUUAGAUAUUGUGAAUACCAAAAGAAGCAUUUUCUCAGCAAAAAUUAAUAUCUGGUUCUAUUUUUUUUAAUGUAGAGAAAAUAAAGUUGAUUUUUUUCCCCAAAAACAAUGCUUUUAAUUCUUAAUAGUGGGGGUGGGUGUCUGUGCUGUCCUGGAGUUCCUCAGCACUUACUGCUGCAGCAUUCAGUGGCUGGUGAGAAAACCAUCUGGUUCCUUCCAGGACUUAAAAGAUUUGCCCUUCCUCCAGUCUUCUCAUGUAGUGUGUGCUGGCAAAUGUUUAGCAAUCCUCUCUCUUGGAAAAAAAUUAUGUAUGUAAGUGCACAUACAUAAGUAAUAAAUUUUGCUGAUAACAGAUAUUUAAAGCAAUUAGCAAAUAAUAAAAUGUAAAUAAUUGAUUUUUACAAUUGUCAUUGUUUAACCCUCAGAGCCAACCUGUGACUGAAUAUCAACCAUGAUUUGAUUGAUGGAAUUAUUUACUAACCAUCUCCACGUACACUAUCAUUUAGUCUAGUGUAUGACUUAUUGCUAAAUUCUUACCCUUAUAUAGAAACUCCUUGUAGCUUCAGCUCUAAUUGGGAGUUUAGAUAAUUUAUUUUUAAGUAUAUCAACACCCCAAAAUGAAAUAAAUGAUCAGAAGCUAGGUGGUGGUGGCACACACCUUUAAUCCCAGCACUCAGGAGGCAGAGGCAGAGGCAGGCAGAUCUCUGAGUUCAAGGCCAGCCUGGUCUACAGAGUGAGUUCCAGGACAGCCGGGCUACACAAAGAAACCCUGUUUUUAAAAAACUAAAAACAAAAGCUAAUUAAAUGAUCAGCUCUUGGAGGCAAAACAGAGCUGCCUUCAUCACACCACUGUCCUGGUCUUUUUAUGUUUUGGUUUGAUUUCAUUAUUAGCAUUGAAUAGAAUUCAUAGAAUUGAUUUACUCAUUGGUCCAAGAAAAAUCCUGUCAUUGAGCCUUGCAGGUUUUAAAGUGUGGGGAAAAGUCCCGAAAUUAAUAUGACCAAGUAAGCUUUUGAUUGUGGGGGGGUCUGGUGACAUCAAGGUAAGCAAGUUUUCAGGAAGCACAGUGACCAGCUCUUUGUUUCUCAGAGCUGAGUAAAUUCAGUAUGCUCAUCCCAAAAAAUAUGUUGUAUGUGUGUGUUUUUUUUAACAUUAAAAACAUUGAUAGUUUUGUUUCUUGUUUGUAAAAUACCUUUGACCCCAUUGAAAACGUUUAAUGUAUUAAAAUAUCUCGUAUAAUCCUACCAAAUAAGUUAAAUAGUUAACGGUUCAGUCUACCUCUUCUUUUCCUGGCUGGAUUUAGGCUGCUGGUUGGGUAGGGCUGCAAUUUUAUUUCCCCUCUGAAGUACUUUAUGUGGAAAAGAGUAGAUUGGGGCCAAGGCCUGACAGCACAUUAGAGGCUCGUUGAGAUCUGUUGCUGACCAGCCCUGUCCCCCUUGAGGUGGGGGAAAGCCAUUGUUUUUAAUUCCCACUUAAUAUGAAAAUGUUUGUUUUAAAAUUGUUUCUUGCUGGUGAAAAAUGUAUUUUUAAAAGGAAAAACCAAAUCCUCUUUUGGUCUGAGGAGUCAGCUGUAUGAGCAGGUGUGACCGUAUCAUAACAUGCUGAUGUCAUAGAAAUCAAUAAAUUUUUACCUCUCAGGAA